UAUAAAUGUCACCAUUUGUCAAUGUGGGCAGUUAAUAAAUCCAAUUUUCCGUUCACAUGUGUUGGAGGACUGGACCAUCCUAGACGUGUUCAAAGGUAAAUGAGGUGUAUACACUUGCAGUAAAUGUGAUGGCUUCGGAAACGCCGCACCUGAAACAAUCACUUGACUGCAUUCGGGAGCUGAAAGCAGUGCCUGACGUCAUCAAUCUUGAUGGUCAUAAACUCACAGUUGCAGCUCUCAAACGUAUUGCCAGCGAUAGCAAAGUCAAAGUCAAACUGACAGAAAAUGCGGUGAACGAAAUUGAAAAGAACGCUAAAUUCUUACAGGAUUUAGUCGACAAUGAUAGCAGCGUAUACAUAUAUGGCCUCAAUACAGGGUUUGGGGGCUCGGCAGAUGUUCGCGCCAAAAAUGCAGAAGAUGUUCAAGAUUCUCUUUUACGACAUCUAAAUAUUGGAUUUGGGAAAAAGUUCUCCCCUGGUCCCGUUCGUGCUGCAAUGGCUGUUAGAGCAAAUUCACUCAGUCUGGCAUAUUCUGGAGUGUCUGCGGAUUUUGUCCAAAAGCUUGUUGAUCUUAUCAACUGUAAUAUUGUACCGGCUGUUCCUCUUCGCGGGUCUAUUAGCGCCAGUGGUGAUCUUAUUCCACUUAGCUAUGUCGCAGCUGCAAUGAUUGGACGAGAAGAUUUGACAGUCUUUUACCACGGAGAGAAAAUGAAAUGCCAAUCAGCUCUCGCGUCUGCAAACAUUACUCCAGCGGUAAUGGGUCAUAGAGACGGGCUUGCCGUUGUCAAUGGUACAUCGUUUACAGUUGGUAUUUCAGCACCUGUUCUUUACGAUGCAAAUAUCGCUUGUCUUCUGACACAAGCAUGUACAGCUUUGGCAGUUGAAGCACUUCAUGGAACCACAGAAAGCUUUCAUCCAAUCAUACAAGGUUGUAUGCCUCAUUGCGGUCAGUCGGAAGUUGCAAAAAAUGUGCGUGCCAUUUUACAAGGCAAUCAACUUGCAGUCCAUCGCCUUGAUAUGAACAAAAAGGAAACGCUCUCAACACAUCGCCUUAAGCAAGACCGCUACAGCUUACGAAGUGCGCCACAAUGGCUUGGCCCAGUCGUAGAAACAAUGAAAGAGGCAAACAGGAAGUUUCUUGUCGAGUUACAAGGCGUGUCGGAUAAUCCAAUUAUUGAUCAUCGCACAGGAACUAUUCUAAAUGGCGCCAAUUUUCAAGGAGAAACGUUGUCACUUACGCUUGACCAUAUGCGACAAAGUAUAGGCGUCUGUGGAAAAUUGUUAUUUGCCCAAUUUUCAGAGCUAGUCAACGUAAACUUGAACUUUGAGCUACCUCCGAAUCUAUCAGGAAGCGAUUUCCACGUUGAUUUUGGUUUUAAGGGAGCUGAUAUCGCGAUGGCAGCAUACAUGUCUGAGUUAGACCACGUGGUUAACCCAAUGAGUAAUCACGUGGUUAGUGCCGAAAUUCACAACCAAUCAGUGAACUCGUUAGCGCUGAUAAGUUGCCGCCUCACUAAAGAAGCUUUGGAAAUUAUACAGAUGAUGCUUGCCAACCACUUAAAUAUGCUUGUACAGGCUGUUGACCUUCGAUACCUCCGCAAAAUGGCUUUGAAACAGUUAUCAAACCUCAGUACAAAACAUAUUGAAAUCGCUGACUGCAUACAUCAAACGAAAUGGUACGAGUUCGUUCUUCGUCCAAAAGACAUAAUACAAGAACUGGAGAUGAAAAUAGAUGGAAAAAAGACGCUACUGCAAGCUGGACUUGAGAACGGACUGCAAGAUGUGUAUGGUGAUAUGAAGAAUGGAAAAUGUAGCACACAUGAACACCUCGGACAAGGGACGAAGCGGUUAUAUAACUUUGUAAGGAAAGAGCUGCAAAUACCGUUCUACCACGGACAGGGGCCGAUGGACAAAUGGAUUGACGAUAUAUUUAAAUCGAUUCGGGACGGAAGAAUUGAUGACAUCAUUCUGGACGUAUUUGCUGAGAACAAUGUAUGCCAUGAACAGUGUUGAAAUGGAAAACAAAAAUGUCGUGUCCGAUCAAACCUUACUUUCAAAAAGUGCUUAAUUAAAAAAAUUGAAUGUUUUAAGCUAAAACCAUUUGAUCUACUGGACUGAGCAUAGACUUAUAAUUGGAAUAAUUGGCAAGUCUUCGAAAUCU